UUUUGAAGGCCAUCACGUUCAUUGACUUUCACUGAUGUUGCCAUCCUUUAUAAACAGAAAUCAUCGACGUACCUCAACUCACAAUUGAUCGACAGGUCCAAAGCGAACCUUCUCCGUUCCCAGCGUAAAACGUCUUAAACAAAAAUGAAAUCACUUCUCAUUGCAACUUGCGUCACUCUGUUCCUCAUCGGAACAUGCGUGGCGAUGGACGCCGAUGCGUCGGCGGACAAGCAGACCGAUGUUUUAAUUCCGAUAGAGAAAGAUCUAUUAGCCAUGGAGGAAGAGGAUCAAACUCCUGUCGAGACCAAACAUUGGUGGCAUGGACACAAAUACGAUUGGGACAGGAAAAAACACGGAGAACAUGGAGGUGGACACUGGGAAGGCAAACACGGAGCCUGGUGGUGGAAAUGGCAUUAAACUACUUGCCACGACAUCAAAUUUCAUUUUAAUGCUGUACAUGACUUUGUUUCGCGAGUGUGUGUAUAAGAUCCGCUCUUAAACUGAUUGUUGUUCCAGCCGUCGUUUUCAUCUUCGAAACGUAUAUUAGGUCUACAUCGAAACUUUGUUUCGGUUCCAGUGUUUUUUAAAAAUAUACUAUCUACAUUUUGACAAUCAAAUGCUUUAAAGGCGAAUUAGGGCAAGAUAAAUUAGGUCCUGGUUUGAUUUGUAUCUAUAAGGCUUUAGUCCAGUGCUGCGUGAAACUAAUGCAACUAUAUACAAUUUGACCGACACUGUAAUCGAGUUUAAUACACUAAAUUAUUGCGA